GACAGUUUGACGCGAUUACCAGAUAAACUAGCCUAAUUUAUCUCGUCAAGAACACUGCGUGACUUACUCUCGUGUGUGAAAAAGAUUUCUAAGAAAUCCUAUGAUGAUAUGAGCAAAUUUUUAAUGGCCUUCAAGUUGACAGAUUUAUCUAUCAAAUUAUAAUAAUUAUUUUUUAAAAAAUCAUCGAAAUAAUAAUAAUAAUCACCAUAGAAAACCAAAAAAAAAACAAACAAAACAAACGAAUAUCCUGUUUCAACAUUAUCUAUUAAAAUAUUGCCAUUAUUGAUCGAUUGCCCAAAAUUUAUUGAUAAUCAUUAUUUGUGACGCACAUUAUUCGAAUUGGAACGCACAAGUAACUACAUACAUAGAUACAUACAGAGAUAUAUAUUUCCCAUUUCAUUGAUCGAUUAAUUGUUCUACAGGAAAUACAAUAUCAAAUCUUAUUCACUGGAACACUUCAAAUUCAUUGGAUUAUUAUUUUAUUCUCCUUAUGAAGCGAUCAACUUAAAUUGAUUCAUUCAAUGUAUUAUGGAUUAUAAAAUUGAUAUACAAAUCAAUAUAUUAAUGGAUUUCUUUUUGAAAACUGACUAUAUUUAAACUUGAAAAGAUACAUUAUUGAUUUCGGAUUUAUAUAUAUAUAUAUAUUUCUUUUUUGGUGUUCAAUAUUCUCACUAUAUACCAUCAUCUUUGAAAUAUAUAAGAAAAUACAACAAAAUUAAUAUUCAGUGGAUUUAAUUUAUUCUAACAUCUGAAUAAGGAACAUCUACACACGAGUACAAUAAUGAAUUCAAGUAAUAACAAUAAUAAUAAUAAACCUCGGCAGAAUUCUCCUGAUACGUAUACAUCAAUGCCUCGUAUUUCAACCAAUCGAAAUACAUCUGUAUAUUCUUCUUCUUCAAGUAAUAAACAACUUACUAGUAGUAAUAAUAUGAGUAAUACUAAAACAUCACCAAGUGAUAUAAAUUCUACUUGUGAUGAGCAUAAUAAUAAUUCUAAUAUAAAUACUAUUCCUACUUCUAUCACAACUACUUCAACAUUAAACCUUCAUAGUCAUCAUCCAUAUCAUCCUGCUAAUGUAUCGUCAACAACAACUUUAUCAUCUUCAACAUCAUCGUCUAUUUCCUCUUCCUCCUUAUCCAGUUCAUCUAUUGAUCCCGGUUCAGUAACGAUAUCUAAUUUAAAUACAACUUGUAUUGGUACAGAUCAGUCAACGGUAACAACACCAGCUUUGUUGCCAAAUGAAUCAUCUAAUUCAUUAUCGUCAAGAUCAUGUGAUUCAACAACAUCUAAUCUGAUUGUAAAUUCUCCUAAUCUUUCAGUAACGACAACAAAUAAUAACAACAAUACUACUAAUAAUAAUAAUGUUAGCAGUAGUAAUAGUACAACAAAACGCAAAAAUAGUCCAACAACUACUGAAGAUGAUUUAACUACUGCCAAUACAAAUAAUAGUAACAAUAAUAAUAAUAUACAAUCAUAUUAUUCCACAACAUAUCCAAAUACAUCAACAAUAGCUGGAUCUAAUAGUUUGAUGCAUAGUGGAAUUCCUAUCGCAACCGGUGGAAUAAACAAUAACACAAGUACUAUGAAUAAUAGUAAUAAUAGUAAUAGUAAUAAUAAUUCCCAUCGUUUAUCUUCAAAUAAUCCUGUUACUGGUGGAACACAUUCCCAUUUAAACUAUUCUGAUAUUAAUUCAAGACAUUUAGGCAAUAAUAUGUCACAGUCGAAUUUGUCUAAUGCAACAGUAUCAGUGACAGCUUCCACUGGAUCAGUAAGUAUACCAGGUGGAGUCAAUUCAGGAUCUUUAAAUAAUGCUGUAAAUAUUGGACAUGGUAUGAAUAAUGCUGAAACAACUAUUCAUAAAGCAAGAUCAGCUUUAUAUGAGCAUCCAUUAUUUCCUUUAUUGGCAUUAAUCUUUGAAAAAUGUGAAUUAGCCACAUGUACACCACGAGAUCCAAUGUCAGCUGCAGCUGCUGCUUCAGCUUCCGGUAAUACUAACACAGGUAAUAUGGAAGUAUGGUCAUCUGAAUCAUUUAAUGAAGAUAUUAUUGUGUUUGCGAAAGAAUUGGUUAAUUCCCAAAAAACUAUUCGCACUGGUGAUCCCGAGUUAGAUUCUUUGAUAAUCCAAGCUAUUCAGGUUCUCCGAUUUCAUCUUCUUGAAAUAGAAAAAGUUCAUGAACUCUGUGAUAACUUCUGUUCUCGUUAUAUAACAUGUUUACGCGGUAAAAUGCCAAUUGAUUUAGUGAUUGAAGAUAGAGAUUCUGCUGGAUCAACUGGUUCAGGCAAUAGUCCACAACCUGUUAAUUGUUCAAUGAAUCAAUCAAUAAUUAAUUCCAAUACAUCAAUAGGAUUACAACAUGGAAAUCUUCCCAGUGGUCAUUCUACGACAACAACACCAACAACAAAUCUGUUUAAUAAUUUAAUUGAUGAUUCGAAUGGAGGAUUGAAUAUGCAACAUAAUUUAUCUCAUUCAAAUAUUGGAAAUUUUGCAAAUAAUAAUAAUAAUAAUCAUCAUCAGCAUCAUUCAGGAUUUCAUGGUGAUCCAGCAGCUGCCUAUGCGGCAGUUGCUGCCGCUGCUGCAGCAUCGUCUGUAACACAAAUGGGUGGAUUAUUAGGAUUAGGCGGUAUGUAUCCAUGUUCAAAUUUACCUGCUGGAUCCAGUAAUGCAUUCCAUUCAAUGUUUGGAGGUGGUGGUAGUGGUGGUGAUCCAAGAUAUAAUCCUAAUCCGCAUAAUUCCCCAAUGUCUGGUUUUUCAGACUCUUCAAGUUAUUACGCACAACAACAACAAUUACAUCAUAAUCACCAUCAACAGCAACUCCAUCCACAUCAUGGUAAUCAUUCAAACUAUCCUGGAUUGUAUUCAAAUCCAUCGGGGUUUGGAGGUGGUAGUGAACUUAGACCACCACAUCUUGGUUCACCUUAUACAAAUCAUCCAUCUGGGUUAUCAGGCAAUUUUAAUAAUAAUAGUAAUAAUAAUUCACAAAAUUUUAUCGGACAUUUACCAGGCGGGCAUAGUGGAACAAAUUUAACAGGAUUUGGUCAACAUCAAUUAUCUGCAGAUGCAUUAUCAUCAUCUUCAUCAUCUGGAAUGGUUGGACGAUCAAAAAAUUCUUCCCCUUUACUUGGAAGUGUUGGAAGUCGGCGGUCACCGGAUGUAGAUGAUCGGACUAGUCCUAAUGGCGGUGGAAACACAUGUCACCGUAAUGGAACAUCUGGGUGUGGAAACUCCAACAAUCGUGGUAGUGGUGGUGGUGGCGGCGGUGGAGGUUGUGAUGGAAAUGGAGGAGGUGGUGGGGAUGGCAGUGGAGGCGGCGGCGGUGGUAGUGGUGGUGAUCGUGGACGGUCAUCUGACAAUUCUGGUGGAGGUGGACGUACUGCUUCUGGUACAACAAUUUCCAACAGUCAACAUAUUGCUGAUCAUAGCUUGGGUCGCCAAACUCAUAAUCAUCAUCCACAUUCACUCAAUCAUAUGUCACAAAAUUUAUCUCAGUCCAAUACACCAAUGUCUCGUAGUCAUGGUAAUGCCAGUCAAGAUAUGAAUAGUGAAGCGGGUGAUGGAAUUGAUAAUUCAAUUGGAUCAGGUGAAAAUUUUGAUGAAUUCGAUUUAGAAGAAAAAUCAAUAAAACGUCAGAAAAAACGUGGUAUUUUCCCUAAAGCUGCUACAAAUAUUAUGCGAGCUUGGCUAUUUCAACAUCUAUCACAUCCUUAUCCAUCGGAAGAACAAAAAAAGCAAUUGGCUACAGAUACUGGUUUAACAAUUCUACAAGUAAAUAACUGGUUUAUUAAUGCUCGACGACGUAUUGUUCAACCAAUGAUUGAUCAAUCAAAUCGAGCCGGACCACAUGGCUAUCCACCCGAUGCUGCAGGAUGCUUACCUUAUAUGGAUAAUCAACAUUUUGCUGCCUAUGGUCGUCCAGGCUUUCACCCAUCAUCUCUUCGUCCUGAAGAGUUCUAUGCGGCAGCUGCAGCCGCUGCAGUUGGAAACAACGCGUCAGCUGGUGAUCUAGACGGUCAUUUAAAUUCUGGGCGUUCCAAUCUUCCUGGUGGAGGAGGAUAUAUGUCAAAUUAUUUAGGCGGUGGUAGUUUACCAGACUCUGAUUUCCCGAAUCCAAAUAAUUAUCAGCGUGGUGGUGGUGGUUUAUUCCCCAACUCUGGAAAUGGUGUUGGGGGUGGAGGUGCUUACCCACCAAUAUUAGGUGGUCAUCUUCCCUAUGGUCCUUAUUCCACUCCUUCACCAACUCCACCGUCGAACACUCCUAAUCAUAUGUCUGGAAGACAUUCUAAUCAAUUCCCUGGACAGUUUGGUUUGUUUCAAAAUUCCCAUAAUAGUAACAACAUUUCGGACAAUAAUAAUAAUAAUUAUAAUUAUACAACGAAUGAAUCGAAAAUGCGUACAGCUGCUGAUGUGGACAGUGUGCAAAAGGCAACUUUAGCUGUUGCUCAGUACGCGGCAGCACUUGCCUUACAGCAACAACAGCAACAACAAAGUUUGAAACGUAAUUAUUCUGCAACUAAUACAACUACUACCACUACGACUAACAAUAAUCAUAAUCCUAAUUUAAGUAAUAAUUCUACACUGUCUCUAUCCACUACAGGUUAUAAUUCACCUAAUUAUAGAGGAAUGAGUAAUGGUCAUUCUAUGUCAUCUGGUCAUCCAACACCAUUAUCUCCAACACAUAAUGAUAAUUCAAUAUUUAAUGGACCUAAUAAUGUGAUGAAUAACAUUCCAUCUGCACAUUUACAACAUUCAAUAAAUAAUCCUACUGCUGGUUCACCGACAUCAUCAUCAUCCUCACCAUCAUCAUCAUCAUUCCCUGUGUUAAAUAGACAUACAAAUUUAAAUUUAUCAAAUUAUAAUCAUCACACAAAUCAUGUAACUGGUCAUCAUCAUCAUCAUCAUCACUCACAUCAUCAUCAUAGUAGUGGUGGGUUUUUACCUUCCGUUGGUGGACAAGACACAAUACCCCAACCAUCAUUACAAGAUAUCCAUGCAGGUUAACAUUAUGAUAUAUAUAUAUAUGCACUAAAAAUUUGUACAUUAACUAAUCUAUACAGAAAAACAGAUGGAAACAAUUCUACUGAUCAGGAAAUAAUUAUUUGAUUAUGAAUAUAUAUAUAUGUAUAAGAACUUCUUAUAAAUUUUACGCACCAUCUUUUAAAACCCCGGUGGAUUCAUGUCCUCCCCCAUCUUCCCUACAAUAAAACACAGUGAUAGACUUCUUUUUUUUUUUUUUCUAAUUAGUUAAAACAUUCAUCCAUAUAUUUACAAACAGAAUGACAUUCUUUUCACUCUUGUGAAAUACACAAAUCAAUAAUCAUCAUCAUCAUAAUAAUAUCCAAUGAACAAGACAUAUUCAUGAAUAUAACUUGACUAUAUUUACUGUUGUACGAAUAUAACUGAAGUCAAUUACUCUCAGUUUACUUUAUUUCAUUAUGCUUCAAAAGGUUAAGAAAUGAUAUUUGUAACAAGUUGAUGUUACAGAAGUUUUCCAGUGUCCCUUUCAUCUCUCUUAAUUUGUUUGUGUAUGUUUCUUUUUUUCUAGGCAGCUUAUUUUCUAUCUAUUCUUGAUUUACUUUCCUGUUUAAUUUAUUCUUCAAUGAUAAACAUUAUGAAUUACUG